CACUCAGCAGCCAGCCAUAUACGCGCGAGCACUGCGAUAUAUGCACGUACGGCUGGUGGCGAGGGCAGAUUCAAGUGAGGGGCAGCCUCAGAUGGAGCUUGGAGCAGAUCCAUGAGCUCUGAUGGCUUUGCUGCUACCUAGGUAAUACAGCCUGCUAUGCUCAUGCUAAGGACUAGGAGGAUGUCCCUCUGCCUGCAAUUACUGGUUGUAUUACAUGCAUUCGGAGGGGCAGCCGGCGCCGGCCACAAGGCGAAUUGGAGUGCUGUGUGCGAGCUCGAAACCACGCGGGGAGCGGUGGAGAAGGCAGCGCGCACGAGCAGACUUGCGAGAACCGCUCCAAUACAAACGCCGACGCUCAGGCUCUCGGUCGAAGGCGGGAGCUCAAACGACGGAGUGCCGCUCACGGUCGCGGCGGGCCGAGUUGUGCACGCCACCUACGUAGGCGGCGGCAAGCGGCACCUUACGACUGCCAUCUCGGUCAACGGCGUACCAAGCUGUCCUGGUACGGAUCAUCAGUCCACGGUUGCGGUCGAGAUGUCUGUGCCGAGGCGUGCUCUGAGAAAGCGCGGCCACCACCACCGGCACCGGUUCAAAAGGCACACAAGCCACGAACACGAAUCCAAGUAUAGCGCGCUGCGCCCCAGCGAACGAGUCGUGAUUGACGCGGUCCUAUGCGACGGCAGAAAGAAAAUUGCCAAACAGCGUGCCGUCACUCGCGUCGUGGAAGCCAAAUCAUUGGGCCUGUGUCGUUCGAGCGUGCCGUCGCCGCGAAAGCCGCCGCGUCCACAACCGCUCGCACUGCUCGCGCUGCUCGAAGGGCGCAAAAGCGAAGCGCGGAGCCUCCUGUCAAACGCAGCCGAAACGCUCGUGAGGCGCUUGGAGAGGCGCGGCGCGCUCUGCGAUAAAACAAGGCUAUGCGACGCGCGCGUGCUGCCGAGUUGCCCCGCCGGGUGUAAAGCUCGUGACGCGAACGCGAGCUGUGUCUUCGCGCACCUCGUAGACGAUUGGAAGGAAUAUAAGCACGUGCCGAAAACGUGUGUCGAAGUAUGCUUCUCGAAGCUUGCCAUCAAAUACGUCUGGCGUGCUGACGUGUCGCGGGGCGGCGAUGCGCGCGACAAGUUGGCCCUCGAACGUUGCCGAAUUCUACAUAUUCACAAGCUCGCUGCGUGGUGGUCGCGGCAUCGCGAGGCCGCACCAUUUUCCGCCGCGGCAGAGGGUGGGCAUUCAGUUCCGGUUCCUGGCGCGCAAUCGCUCGACCGCUGUGCCGUCGUGGGAUCUGGUCACUCGCUCCGCUGCGGAUCGCCGUGGGGCGGCACGAUCGACAGUUACGACGCAGUGUUCCGUGUGAACAAGGUGCAGCUACAAACGGAAAAUCGCAAUGCCUACUCGUGCAAGGUCGGAGCUCGGGUAGAUUUUGCCAUCAACGCCCUGACCAUCAGCCAAUUUGAAGAGCUCGUCAAUAAUUCGAUUGCCGAAAAGUUUCUGUCUCAGCACAAGGAUGUGUUAAACAGUUUGUCAGGUCUCGGCAGCGCGGUCGUCACGAAGGACCGAGACACCUACAAAGCCGCUGUCCGCGCCGCGCGAGUGCAGAAUGCGUCCGAUGGAUGGCGCGUAUUCCUGCCGUCGAACGCCGUCCUCCAUGGCCGCGGCCUCGGAUCCGGCUCGGGAUCAACUGCCGUUGCGCUUGCGAUGUCGCUCUGUCGGAGCGUCGACGCCUACGGGUUCGGAGUCUUCCGAGACGACGUCGACGCCGCUGACUAUCGCUACCUACACUUCUACCAAGACGUGCCCCGCCAGGGUCACGUGGGAGGCGCUGACGGGGUGACUGGCGGCGCCCAGGUCCUGAAUUCGGAGCUCAGAAACGCCGUUUGGGACGCUUUCGGGCUCGUGAACUUCGUGUGGUGGUAACAUCCUAAUUAGUG